AUGGCGGCCCCUGCGGUGGCCAAUCAGCGAAGCCCGGCACUGACCCUGGUGUCAGUGCUGGCGUUGACGGCUGCCGCCCAGUGCUUGGACAUCUCCGACGCCGGCACAGCGGAGGUGACCAGCAUGCUGGAGCUGCGCGACGCCCUCUACACGCCGGCCGCCACGCGCAUCGCCAUCAAAAACAACAUCACCGUCACGGCGGUCCAGUGGGGUUGGGUCAUACCCAGCAUAGAGAGGCAGGUCACGGUGACGACUCACGAGGAUGCACCCUGGCCCACCAUCCUGAACACCAAGUCGGAAACGCAGCUGGGACUCGUGCUCCCUGGCGGGGAGCUCAUCUUCGACAACGUGAUGUUCGACGAAACUCACCCGCAGAGAAACUUGGCCGGAAAUCCCGCGUUCUUUCCCUUGUUCACAGGUCAUCCCGGGAGCAAAAUCACCUUCAGGAACUGCAGCCUGCUCCAGUCUUCAUACGCGUGCGACCAGCUCAGCAUACCAAACCUGAUGGCGGCACGAACCCCGUCCCAAGCGGCGAGAGACGCGAACAGCGAACUUAAGUACAACGCCAGCUUGGGGCUCGACGGAGAUUAUUUCACAGUGCACGAGGCUGCCAGGCCCAAGGAGUAUAAACUGUACAGCGAACUGGACUCUCUUACGGAGGGAUGGGUAUACCACUACGAUACGCUCUUCAUCUGCGAGCUCUGGGGACUCAUAUCCGCAAGGCGGCUUGGAUUGUCGGAAGACGUUGAAAUAGUCAAGAAAAGUUACGAGGUCGCCACCAUCUACGAAGUUCUGAAUGUGAUAACAAGAGACGAUCCCACGGGCGGAUCGUACUCCUUGCAAACCGCUGCAAGGCAGCUAGAAUCGGAUCUGCAGACUGUCGAGGCUUAUGUUCUCCUGAACGGAAAUAUCGAGUUGAAGGCCGACAACUGGCCGCCUGAAGUCGAUGUCAUCCACCGUCUGUUCCAGCUCAACGGCAGCACAAAUGGAGAAAGCGGUCUCUCCCGCAAGAAGAUUGUUUUCGAUGACAGCACUUCAGGGAAGCUCGUGGACGGGCAUCCCCGAGAAUAA